AUGUGCACUCUACUGCUUCGGUCGGCUAGCCGCCGUUUCGUUUCCCCUUCUUCCGCAGCUUCUCCUCUGCGGCGCCAGUGGGCCAACGAUGACUCCGGGGAUUUCGAGUCCAUCGACCAGCGAAAGCUUCCCGCCAACUACGACCUGCCACCUUCGAUCCCUCGGCGCCGCAACGCAGUUGCGGCGGCGGAUGUGAAGGAUGAGACUAAGAAGCAGGAGAAGACGAUGUUCGAGCUGAGAUUGGAGUCUGACGACGCUGAUUCCAAGAUCAAGGUGAUCAAGGAAAUCAGGGGAUUUACGGACUUGGGGCUGAAGGAGGCGAAAAAAUUGGUGGAGAAGGCACCGAAGGGAAGCAGAUCAUUGAGAAGAUGA